CACCGCUCCAAGUUAUUUCUCAUUCGUAAAUCGCGCGCCUUAAACUCGAUUAGGCGACUCUCCUGAUUGAAACUGUGAUUCAGGCUGUGACAGUGACAGUGAAAGUGACUAGGUGUCAACAGUGACAACAACUUGCCACCAUGUACAUAAUUGGCUUACUGAUGCUGCUUCAUGCCGGUCUCCAAGGAGUCCAGUGCGUUGCUUUCUACACGGAAAAGCCCUCCUAUAUUGAAUCGUGCCGAAUUUAUGAACCGGAGUUCACCAAGUGCUCAACACGCUCUAUACAGGCUUUUAUGAACCAGCUUGUCAAAGGCGUACCCGAGCUAGAAGAAUCCUUUGGACCCAUCGACCCAAUGCGACAGGAUCAGCUAAUCUUCAAGCAGGACAACAGCGAUGUGGCCACCAUUUCGGCAAAUCUCACCGAUAUGCUGAUCAGCGGCUUUGGCAAAAUGGUGAUCAAGGAGAGCAAAGUCAGCAAGAAAGACUUCAGUUGGCUGACGAAGAUCUACCUGCCCAAGAUGCGAAUGGAUGGCCAUUACAAAAUGUUGGGUCGCAUUUUGCUGGUUCCCCUGCAGGGGUCCGGAAAAAUCGUCAUGGAAAUUGAUGACCUGGACAUUCUGAUGAGCACCAAGACCCGCCUGUACGAGAAGGGCGGCUUCACCUUCUAUAAUGUGACUUCUGUGAAGGUAAAACUGGAGGUCGGCAAAGUGCGGACCAGAAUGGACAACUUGUUUAAUGGGCAGAGUAAAGAGGUGGAAGAAAGCACCAAUCAGUUCUUUAACGACAAUUGGCAGGAUAUGUUCGAAGCACUACGUCCACUGGUGGAUGAAACCGUGGAACGAACUCUACUGGAUCUUCUCCACAAAACAUUUUCCCUGUUUCCAGCUAGCUUCUUUGUGGAGGACAUACCCACCUCCUUGACUUUGUAUGGUCGCAAAUCGCACAUGAUUGCGUAGAUUCUCAAAUUCUCUUUCAAAAUCUUUACCUUCGUUAAAUCAUUAAUUAAAUUAAAUCAUUAAUUUAAGUUUUAUUUUUGUGGGUAAAAUUCAAUUUAAAUUUCAUAUAAAUUUGUUAGGUAAAAGAAAUAUUUGUGGAAUUCAGUUUUUAGUGGCUAAUUUUAGAUACAAAAUUCACUACAAAAUGAAAUAAAAAAAUUUGAUUAGGUGGA